CAGCGGGUUGGUGCCGAAUGUCUUUAUAGGUUAUUACAUAAAUUCUACUAAAGUUGUAGAAUUAUCCGCUUCUCUUUCUUCCUCUCUUCGUUUAUGUGUUCAUUCCCAAUCAAGGAGUCAAUUAUUAGUUACGACUGGAAAUAAACCAAACUAGAGUGGUUCACCAUCAUAGUCAACUAGAGCCAAGGGGUAUAUAAUUAACUUCUCACCACCCCGCCAACCUCCUCUGUCUGCCUCUUUCAUACCUACACGUGACAUCGCCGAACCUACAAACAACUUACAGCCAUCACCACCAUCGCCAUGGCCUCAGCCAACCUCGCCAAGUUGGCGCCCAACGACCCUCGGGUCGAGCACAAGGACGUGCAGGUAAACGGCAGGACCUACCACUACAUGCUGGCCCGGCCCCCCGCAGGCGCCGAGCCCAAGGCCACCAUCCUCCUGGUGCACGGCUUCCCAGACCUGGGCCUGGGGUGGCGCCACCAGGUCCCCGUCCUGGCCGCGCAGGGCUUCCAGGUCGUGGUGCCGGACAUGCUCGGCUACGGCGGAACCGACGCGCCUCAAGACGUAGAGCCGUACCGCCACAAGUCCAUCAUCGACGACCUGCUGGCCCUGCUCGACUCGCAGGACCUCAUCGUGCCGCUCGGCCCGAGCAGGGAGCGCCGCGUCGUGCUGGGCGGCCACGACUGGGGCGGCCAGAUCGUCUGGCGCUUCACCGAGUGGUACCCCGAGCGCAUCGCCGCCACCUUCUCCGUCUGCACGCCCUUCUUCCCGCCCAUGCCGUCCUUCAUCGACCUGUCCACCCUGACCCAGAUCAUCCCAAGCUUCAAGUACCAGCUGCAGUUCGCGUCCGAGGAGGUCGUGGACCGCACCACGGGUCCCGACGGGAAGCCGAGCCGCGCCGUCAUCCGCGACUUUCUCAACGCGCUGUGGGGCGGCGCCGGCACGAUCCAGGCCGCCGACGCGCCCAAGGGCUUCACAGCGGCCGAGGGCGUCAACUUCUCCAUCAUCAAGGACCUGCCGCAGGCGCAGCUGAUGAGCGUCGAGGAGCUCGACUUUUAUGCGGACCAGUACUCUCGCAAUGGCAUGCGCGGGCCGACAAACUGGUACCGGCUCAGAAAGUUGAACUUUGAGGACGAGCUGACCUUGAUCGAAAGGAGGCAGAAGCAGGCCGAGGAGACGGGUGAUGAGCCCAAGAUCAAGACCCCAUCGCUCUUCAUCUCGGCCUCGAGGGACGUCGCCCUGCCGCCUGCCAUGUCGGCCAACAUGGACAUGUGCUUCGAGAGCCUGACCCGUGGUCACGUCGACGCUUCGCACUGGGCCCUCGUCGAGGCUGCCAGCGAGGUCAAUGCUACCAUUCUGAGCUUCUUGGACAAUGUCAUUAAGCCAAAGGCAUCCCUGUAGGGGCGGCAAGCCCUCUCUCUGCUCGAUAAAUUCAUAGUAGCAUGGUCGGGUGUCGAAAACUGGAAUACAUAAUGUAAAAGAACGAAAAAGUAAAAUAAAAGUAGAAACGUUCAGAAUCAAAUUCACACACGCCAAGUGAUAAAUAUUUGAACUGCAUUCCAAGUGGAUAGGAGUUUAUU